CAGUCGCCUCCCACAGGGGAGAAGGCGCCUGUCCUCCCCUGUGACGAAGAAUCAUCAUUCGCGUCGAUAGACGAUGGAUUCUUCUUUCGCGAACAGAGUCAGAAAGUUCACCGCAAUGAAUCUUUAAAGGAAAUAUGUUCUGAAGAUGACGAGUCGAGUUUAGAUAGUAAUUCGAAGAAGGCUAUUCAACAGGACGAGAAGCAAAAGGAACUUGGUAUAAGUAUUCAGGACAAGAAACAUAGUAAAACAAUAUUAGAGGGUCGCAAUUUUCGAUUAAAUCAUAUUGGUCAGGUUGCAAAGAAACAUAUACCUUUGCCUAAGAAUUUGAAGAAUCCUUUUAGUAAGACUCAGAAGAAUAUUGUUCAUAGAACUUUGAAGAAUUCCUUUGGUCAAGGUCAUAAGAAAAUUGAUACACAGGUGUCUCAUACGACUUUAGUGGAUAUUCAAGUUGAAGACUGCCGUCAGUACACCCUCGGAGAGAAAUCGUUCUCCUCAUUUUCCAUUACCUCUAGUGAUAAUAAAGAUGUUUCAGACUGCAAAAGCGUUCAUAGACAGCUCAAAGCGGAAAAGAAGUCUCCUAUAAAUCAGUUUAAGUACAGUAGUAUAGAAUCAGCGUUGGAAUCAGAAUGCAAGAAUAAAAAACAUUGCUGCAAUAAAGAGACACUUGGAAAAGAAGAGACAGAGUCUACUGCAGAGUCUACUAAGAAGUUUCUAUGGGGUAGUAAGGGUAACAAAUUUAAGGAUCAAACAAAGACCGAUUCAAUGGAGAAGAAAUUGAAAGCUAAGAAAUUGAUCUGCAGUCCUUUGAGAAAAUUCGGACGGUCAUCUCUGACAAUCGAGCCAGAUAAAAUAAUGAUAAAUCUGCCAAAGUGUUCUCCGUGUGCUUGUAGAUUGGCUGCUAGCUCAAAGAUUCUAUCCAACGAUACUGGUUUGUUUUCACGAUUCACUUCAAGUCCUCACCAUGUUGUACGUUCAAGGAGUCCGUCGCAUAUGGACGUGCAGACGGACGUUUCGAAGUCAUCGGAGAAGACGACGCCAGCUAAUGUAUUCUCAAACAUGCAACAAUUUCAAAAAGCGCGUCACGCGCCUAGGAGCAGAAGCGUGGGUGAACUGUGCCACAUCGUCAACAAGUGAAGAAUGAAAUGGAGAAAUCAACUGUAGACUCAGUGUUGCUAAUCAACACGAGUUGCCGUUCCAAUAUCUCUUCCACGUAACUGCUUUGAGAGAAGAAACUGUUAGAUUUAUAAGCAUGAUCGUGCUAGUGAGAGACUGUGCACACAAACAUACGACGAAGAUGAUUAUACAGGAUGUUUCCGAUCAGUUGGCAUACAUAGGGUGCAUUUACAUGGAAAAAUAAGUAACCAGUGAAGAGAGACUUCUUUUUCGUAAGAGACUUGAUUUUUCAAUAAAUUUAAAAUACAGCGCCUCUGCGUGGUUCACCAAAAGCGCCAUGGCGUUUUUUUUUUAAAAACAAACUUUGACGAAUCAUUAACGAUGAUUUAUUUAAAAAUGAAAUCUCUUAUAAAAAAAAAUGGACAUUUACAUUUUUGAUUUAUUUUUUCAUGUAAACUCAUCCAUCCAGUAAUGCCAGAGGUCGGAAAGACCCCGAAUUUCUAGAGAUACAAGAUAAUAUGUAUAUCUGUGCAUAAAUAUUCUUAUUACACAUGCACAUGUUGCAAAAAUCCCAUUACCGUAGUUUAAACUGCGAGAUAUUGUUACGACAAAUACUGUCGAGUAUUAUUAUUAUUUUUUAUGAUCAUUCUGUCACCAUCGAUGCUACCAUUAACUGUAGCUAGUGUGGGACAAGAAAGUUCCUCGCUGAACCUAUGCUUCUCAAUUAAAAAGAACAAAAAAAAACCAGUUUUAUAAAAUCACCAACUGUCGUUUACUUUAUGCACUUAGAUUGAUUUUCCAUGAAAGGGAGCAGGAAUGAGAGACGUAUGCAUUGUGUGUGUUUUCUAAAUUAGGUUCAGCGAUGUUUUUAUAAGCAAAGCGUUGUCAGAGCCGGUGUUGCACUGGUAAAGAGAAUGUUUAUUUGUUUUUCUUUUUUUAUAUUGAAGGCCUGUGCAGCGAACAAUGGGAAAUCUUCCAAGGUAGCAAAGAAUUCUUCUUAAAGUGUGAUUGAGAGACCUCUAUGAAAUUUACAAAUGGACAAUGAUGGUCUUGUUAACAACAAUAAGAAAUGCAACUAGAUAGGGACAAUAUUACUGCCAAACUUGAUUAUGAAUUAGUUUAUUUCUAAGGAGGCGAGUCGUUCGGAGGACCUUGUCUAUAGGUAUGUUUCUUGUUAGUAUUUUUAUAUCUCGAUAAAUGUAAAUACAGUACAAUUAAACUUAAACACAUUUCUUUCCUUUUAAUUAGUACAUGUAAUUAAUGUAUGCGACAAUGUGAGGUGAAUGGAGCCAAUGGAUCAGAAUUGUGUAUGUAGAAGAUUUUUUUUUUCAUCAGCAUAUGUACCCCUGUGUUUGAAUGAAUGAACUAAGGGAAAAGUGAAUAUCUAUUUGUAUUAUUUUUGUAUUAACACAUUUGGCGUCUGGUAUCCAUUAAUGGCCAAAUUUCUUUGAUAACAGAAUAAUGGAUUCUCAACGAGUCAGCAAGGGAAUUGGAGCUUCAUUUUACAUUGAAGACUGAAAAAGUAUUGAUUGGCGCAAAAUGUGUUAAUAUUUGAAGCUUUGCUUAACAAUUUGCACGUGUAAGGAUAUCAGUAUUCACUUUCUUAGGAUAUUAUUCCCUUAGAAUACUCUACGGUACCGAAAUAAUUUCCAUUGGCUUUCACGUAGCCGCCUGUUACUCUAAUAAUCUAUUUCGUAAUUUGUGAACAAGAAAAAAAGAAGAACAAAAAUUUAUACCGUUGUUUGACAAAGUAUUCAAUUUUACAGACGAUUUAAAAUUAGUCGUUGGUAAAAUUGGAUAAAAGAAAAAAAAAGGUAACUUUUGUACAGCAUAUAUAGUGAAUCGUGGUUCCCUCUUUCUUCUACUUUCUUUCUCGUUCCCCCAUCGCGGUUUCUCUCUUUCUCUCUUUCUCUCGCUCAUGUCUUUUUCCUAUUUUUUUACUACCCUACUCUAUCGACCGGUUUUGAACAAUACUUUUGUCUUUCAUGAUUCAAAUCGCGCCUGAUUACGGUCACUGGCUAGAGAUGGGAUUCAAACACCAGUUCAUGACAGAAAAGUUCCAUAAAGUAGCACUUAUGAUAUCUCAAUUUAAAGUAUAAAGUACACAUUAAAUUAUGGUAUAAGUGCAUCUUGGAUAUUCUUAAUAUAAGAGAAAUCGAACGGAAAAGAAAAUGACACUUAAAUUGUUGCAUUUUACAUGGUCAUAUUUUUUUUCUAACUUUGUUCUUGCUAAGAAUAUUAAUAAAGCAUUCAUAUAAUUAUAUUCGUGACAUUUUAAGCUUUAAUCUGAUGUUCCCUAAAUGCUAGUUUGAGAUACUUUUCUGUCAAGAAAUUUUAUCAGACUUUACGUACUCCAAAAUCGGCUAUUGUUCACUAUAAUUAACAAUCCGUUAUUCUAUAUUAAAAAUAUUGCUAAAACCUUCAUGUAGUAAGUCUUCUUGAACUUCAAACUUUAAUUUCACGUAUCACUAGUACUAUUUAGUGAUACUUUUAUGUCAUAAUUGUUUUUUUAAUUUCUCUGUUUGAUCUCUAGUCAGUGUUUGAUGAUCUUUUUCGAAUACCGUGAAUCACUCGGUGUGAUAUUCAUAACUGUACAUAAUAGCGUGUAAGUGAUGUAUUUAGAAGUAAUGUACUCAAUGUUCUGUUCGGUCGUAUCUAAUGUACUUACGGGAGAAGGUGGGUCAAAGAGAUGGGAGGGAGGAGAUUAACUAACCGAUCACAUUUAGCGUUCUAUAUGUAUCACAAAAGCGACUUAGCGCAAGAAUUAGUUGAUUAGUUGUUUGAUAAAUAAAAAAAUAAAAUACACCCGUAGAUUAUAGCA